GCUCCGGCGGCUCAAGUGGCGUUGCCUGUGCAACACCCACCGAGCCUCCCUGUACCUGAGCCAGAGGAUGUGCACAACCCACCGAGCCUCCCUGUACCUGAUCCAGAGCCUGUGCCAUCAGUCGCGACUGCAACCAGUGAUACUGGUGUAACUAUGGGAGUCGAAGAGCCCGAGCACGGUGGCAACGCAGUGGAUACUAAUCAGUUGCAACCUGUCGAUGAUGUGAUCGGUUUCGAUACACUGGACACAGCUGGAGAUGAGAUCGUGGUGAACUCAAGCCAUACUAGCGAUAUUAUUAAACAUGAAGCUCUUCCCAAAUUUCCCUGA